GAAAGUGAAAGAAGACCUUCCGGUGACGCUAUAGCUCUAAAAAUGGCGGACACGUGUGGCCAAGUAAUAUUGGGAUCCGGGCUUACUGUCUUAUCCCAUCCUUUGAUGUACAUUAAAGUGUUGGUUCAGGUCGGACACGAGCCACUCCCUCCUACACUGGGCAGAAACUUAUUUGGCAGACAGGUCUACCAGUUGCCUGGACUGUUUGCUUAUGCAAAACACAUCAUCAAGAUUGAUGGAAAAGCAGGUCUCUUCAAAGGGCUUGGUCCAAGGCUUUGUGCAGGCACCAUCGGCACUGUUGUGCAUAGUAAAGUUGUGCAGAAAUGUCACGAACAAGGGACACUUGAGAUUCUGGGAGGCCACCAGAAGGCUGUCGAUGGCGCCUUACAACAUGUUGUUAAUGAGACAACCAAAGAGAUGAUAGCUCGUUCCUUUGCCACCAUAGUCACGCAUCCCUUUCAUGUGAUUACAUUGCGUUGUAUGGUGCAGUUUAUUGGAAGAGAAACAAAAUACAGUGGAGUCUUUGAUUCCAUCAUCACCAUCUACAGAGAGGAAGGAAUGCUGGGCUUCUUCGCUGGAUUGAUCCCUCGUCUCCUUGGAGAUGUCUUCGCUCUGUGGAUUUGUAACCUGCUGGCUCACUUCAUCAACACAUACGCUAUUGAUGAUUCGAUGAGCCACACAGGAGAAAUCAAGAACUGCUCUCAGGCUGUGACAGGGUUCUUUGCCAGCAUGCUCACGUACCCUUUUGUUUUGGUGUCAAACCUCAUGGCUGUCAAUAACUGCGGGCUCACUGGAGGGCUCCCCCCCUAUGCAUCAGUAUAUCCUACCUGGGCUCACUGCUGGAAACAUCUAAGCAGAGAGAUUCGGUUCGUCGAAAAGAUAAUUGACAGAUUAAUCGAUUUAUUAAAAUAGUUGCAGCCCUACUGACAAAGUAUUCAUGAAGGGCAACAUGAGCAGAGGAAACAGUUUAUUCUUCCGGAAGCUUCCCGCAGGAAAGACGUACGCAAUUGAUCAGCAAAGAUUUUAUUAAAGAAAAUGAGGCAGCAAUAGUGUGAAAAUGCAAGCGAAACAACCGUGUGUCACCUGAGGGAUUUCCUGUUCUUCAUACAAAUGUGUGUAUGCACUUGUUCCUGUUUAUAACAUUGGGAAUUCAAAUCAAAUAAUUUCCACGUCAGUUUUUCAUAUUACACUAAAUACAAUGGAAUUUCCUUGAAUUGAUGGACCAAGUUAGUCAAACAAUCUUCAAUGUUAGAACAGGUUGAACGGUCACUGGCCGUCCCUCAUGUUUUUCUUGUCAUACAUUCUUCCUCUAAAUAUGUUUUUUUUUUAACACUUCAUGUUGCAUGUGAUGUAAUGUCUAACAUUGUGAUGAUCAAGCGGGUUGGGCAUGUGGUUUUGUUUUUCCCUUAUUUUGGAAUCAGACUGGUCGCUGUCCAAUCACAGACACGAAUAUGAAACUCAACAGACCUUUCUAUCUGUGACGGUAGUCAAGUGCUUUUAUCAAUGAUAUCAAAUAAAAGUUACUUUUUUGUGUG